CGACAAUCAUGGCAUCUGAACUCGCAGAGACGUACGACCACGCCGGCGCUCCAGUCAAACAUGGCCGAGCCCGCGUCAACGGCAUUCGCCUUCACUAUAUCACAGCAGGAUCCGGCCCUCCUCUUCUCCUCCUCCAUGGAACUCCCAAGAACAGCUUUUACUGGUAUCGAGUAUUCCCAUUGUUGACACCGCACUUCACUCUGGUCGCUCCCGAUCUGCGAGGCUUUGGCUAUACGGACAAGCCUCCCACUACGGAAGGUUACACUUCCAAAGAACAAGCCAGCGAUGUGGCCGAGUUGAUGACACAGCUCGGACAUGAAAAGUUCUAUCUGCAUGGCGAGGAUCGUGGAGCGGACUAUGCGUACGCUGUUGCUGGAUUGUAUCGAGAUCGGGUGUUGAAGCUGAGUUUCUGUGAAAUGUUGUUGAGUGGAUUGGGUUUGGAGGAAAGUAACCUAUGGAGUCCGAGUAACGUGUCUGCACAGUAUCGAAUGGAGGGUGUCUGGUGCUGGCAUCUCUCCUUCUUCUGGAUCCCCCAUAUCCCAGAAAUGCUCAUCCAAGGCCACGAACGCGAAUUCUGGGAAAUGUUCAUGAAACAAGAAUGUUACAACCCCAACAUGAUCGAACCCAAAGCCCUCAACCACUGGAUCGAAUGCGUCAAACAACCCGGCUGCCUUCGGGGCAUUCUCGAAACCUAUCGAGCCGCAUUUGAAAACGCCGAAAUCAAUCAGGAGUGUGCGAAGACGAAAUUGACAAUCCCCGUCAUGACUGUGGGAGCACCCGAGUUUUUUGGCCCGACGGUGAAAGAGUGUGCGGAGAAGUUUGCGGAGAAUGUCGUCAAGUCGGAGAUUUAUGAGGAGUGUGGACAUAGUCUUGCGUUGGAGAAGCCGGAGAGGUUGGCAGAGGAUUUGAUUGGGUUUUUCUUGUCUUGAUGAGGCGGGCUGGCUGAUGGAGGCAGGCAGACAGGCAGACAGGUUUCGGUGAUACGACCGACUAUAACGGGGGAGGAAUAGUUCUCGAAGGUAACAGACUCUACCUUAAUCGAUAACUUUACGGGUCAAUUUCCAAUUGUCCUUCGUACGUAGGAAUUGGAAGUCGCUAUCAAGAGACACUAAGACCGAACUACUUCCUAUAUACAAAAAAAGUGCC